CUUGUUGUAUAACUGGCGGUUGUCCAAAGUACAACCUAAGUCUUAAUUGUGUGUGUAACCUUGUCUCUUCCCCUAUAAAAAGAGCUAAUUUAUUUUCGUUUGAUUUUUUUUAUUAUCUUUCCUCAUAACCAACCCUUCCUUUACCAACAAACCAAACCCAUUCCUUUCACUCGAAAAAUGAAGUUCACUUUAGCCGCCUCCGCUUUCGCUCUUGUUUCCAGCGUUUACGCCGCUGUCCCCGCUGAUUUAUCCGUCUCCCCUAACUGUGUUGAGACCUAUGUUGCCAAGGAAGGUGAUAACUGUCACACUAUUGCUGAAGAGAAGAAGCUUUCUCUCCAACAAAUGUACAGAUGGAACUUCGUCUACGGUGCCAAGGGUGAUUGUGCCGCCUUCGUUCCUGGUGCCAGUUACUGUGUUAAGGUCGAUAACAGACUCCGCAGAAGAAACUGGUUCUAUAAGACUCAAGGUCUUACUGGCCAAAAGUUAGCCGUUGCUAAGGCAAAGGUUGCUGCUGCCAAGAAGACUACCAAGAAGACUACCAAGAAGACUACCAAGAAGACCACCAAGAAGACCACCAAGAAGACCACCAAGAAGACCACCAAGAAGACCACCAAGAAGACUACCAAGAAGACUUCCGGUGCUGCCUCUCAAUCCAAGCCCGGUAUGGACUGGAGUUCUACCCCCAAGAACGCUCCUUCCAACGCUGUUAGACAUAUUAUUUCCACCUGUACCAAGUACUCUACUGUCACCUCUAAGGACAGCUGGUGUGGUGAUUUCUCUAAGAGAAACGGUAUUAACCUCACUCAACUCUACAAGUGGAACGCUUUCCUUCACGGUCCCGGUAAGCACGAAUGUGAUAACCUCGAUGAUGGUAAGGCCUACUGUGUCAAGGCUUAAGCAUUCAUUUAAAGCCUAUUGUACCACUAUAAAUUAUUGUAAUUUUAAAUCAAUAAAAUCAUCAAAUUCCCAAUGUCAU